AUUUCCCAACUCCUCGUUGCAGCGUUCAUAAACAUUUCAACAAACACUUGGUCUGCGUUCGGCAAUGCCGUUAGCGCCGUUAUUCUCCGCGUCUCGGAGCCUCGCCGCUGCAGCAGCAUUUCUGCGCCACUGCUCCACCGCCGCCACGACGAACCGAAGAAACCUCUAUUCCCGAAUCAGCCCCCUCGGAGACCCUUCCAUCAGCCUGGUUCCCGUUCUCGACGAGUGGAUCGAAGAGGGUAACGCCGUCGACGGGCCCCACCUCCAUCACAUCAUCAAAAUCCUGCGUACCCGCAAUCGCAACACCCAAGCACUCGAGGUUUCUGAGUGGAUGAGUAGCAAAGGGCUCCCAAUUUCCUCACGUGACCAAGCAGUGCAGCUGGAUCUCAUUGGUAGAGUUCAUGGAGUGGAGAGUGCAGAGAGGUAUCUUCAGAGUUUGAGUGAUGGAGACAAAACUUGGAAGGUUCAUGGUGCUCUUUUGAAUUGUUAUGUGAGAGAAGGGUUGGUUGAUAAGUCACUCUCCCUGAUGCAGAAAAUGAAGGACAUGGGUUUUGUUUCCUUUCUCAAUUACAACAACAUAAUGUCCCUGUACACGCAAACCCAACAAUAUGAGAAAGUCCCUGGUGUUCUGGAACAGAUGAAGAAGGAUGGUGUUCCUCCAAACAUUUUCAGCUACAGGAUAUGCAUAAACUCAUAUUGCGUGAGAGGUGACCUCACAAAUGUGGAGAAACUGUUGGAGGAGAUGGAGAGGGAACCCCAUAUUGGCAUAGAUUGGAUUACAUACUCUAUGGUGACCAAUUUCUACAUAAAAGCAGACAUGAGGGAGAAGGCUCUGGUGUGCCUAAUGAAGUGUGAGAAAAAGACACACAGGGGCAAUACAGUUGCCUACAACCAUCUGAUUUCACACAAUGCAGCUCUUAGGAGCAAGGGGGGCAUGAUGAGAGCUUGGAAGCUCCAGAAGGCCAACUGCAAGAAGCAGCUUAAUAGGGAGUAUAUAACAAUGUUGGGUUGCUUGGUGAAGCUGGGGGAGCUUGAUAAAGCUGAAAAAGUACUCGGUGAGUGGGAGUUAUCUGGUAACACUUGUGAUUUCAGAGUGCCUAACAUCCUUCUGAUUGGGUAUUGCCAAAGGGGAUUGGUUGAGAAGGCAGAAGCACUUCUCCGGAAAAUGGUUGCGGAAGGGAAGACGCCAAUUCCCAACAGUUGGAGCAUCGUUGCAUCUGGGUAUGUGGCCAAGGAGAACAUGGAGAAGGCAUUUCAGUGCAUGAAGGAAGCUGUGGCUGUGCAUGCACAGAAUAAACGGUGGAGACCAAAAGUUGAUGUCAUUUCCAGCAUAUUCAGUUGGGUCACUAAUAACAGAGAUAUAGAGGAAGCGGAAGAUUUUGUCAAUUCAUGGAAGUCUGUGAAUGCAAUGAAUAGGGACAUGUAUCUGUCUUUGAUGAAGAUGUGUAUUAGAUAUGGGAAGCAUGUAGAUGGGAUUUUAGAAAGUAUGAAAGCUGAUAAUAUAGAGAUCGAUGAAGAGAUAAAGGAAACUCUUAACUCAUAAUCAAGGUUUUAAAAAAUGGUUUACAACUGCAAUUGUGGUCCCAUCGUCAAAGUUUCUGGAGUCUCUGCAAUUAUACAUCAUGACUGUAAUUGUGGCUGCAUUUGUCCACAUUUCCCACAAUAUCAAGGACUCACAUGUGCGACCUCAACCACAAUUGAAAACCUUCCUCCUGAUUGCAGGAAUGUUAGAUAUUUUUUCCUCCCUCCAAUUUUUUGGUCUUACAAAUGAGGUACAUAACGUACGAGGUCCUAAAAUAGCAUUGUCUGUGUUUCGAUGUAUUCAAAAUGCUAUAGGCUAAUGCUGCAAUCCAAAGAAAGAUAAGACUCGGAAUCUGAUGCUGCAAUAUUGGAUGCAAUUUACUGUGAAUUAAAGAAUUAGGUGGUAAGGUCAUGGUGAACACUUUAAAAGGAUAGAAGUUUCACUUCCAGCUACUAGAAAUAAAUAAUGGCAUUGCGUUUAUCUUUACUGUUUAAAAGAAUAUCUGCAAAAUACUUCCGAAUACAUGUAAUUCAUGAGCUAUCUAAUAGUAUCUUAGAAGAUUUUUUAUAUAUCAUGUAAUUCAUGAGCUAUCUAAUUGGAGAAAUUUUAUGAGUUA